GCGCAGCCAUGGCUUUGGCUGCCUUUCUUUGGUCCUUGCUCGCAGAAAUGGUCCUUGUCCCAGCAGCGCGCAGCUUCAUGGAGACAUUGAUCAUCUACUGCGCCUCGCGUGGCUGCUGCUGCGGGCAUGCCACGCUCCUGGCGCGUUGCCCGGGGCUCCUCCGCUUCCCGCACAAGGGCUCAUGGACCUCUCGGGAGCUGCUCCUGCGCAACGUCGAGGCUCUGCUUGCAGAAGCAUCAUCGCCUCGCCAUGUGCUCAAAGCCGCGCAGUCGCAAGGUAGCCAAGGACAGAAGCCUAUCUCCUGA